AUGGCCAGCCUAACCCUCACCAUCGCCCUCCCUCCAAACCAAUACCAUUCCUCCGCCAAAACCCUCCUCGGUCUCCCCCUCGAACUCCGCAACCAGAUUUACCAUGCCGCUCUGGUCACCCCGGCGAAGCACUACCUCCAGCAUAACCCGGACUGCCACUUCCGCCACGGCCACACCCGCACCUCCAUCGAGCCCGCUGCCAGCAUGGUCCUCGACCCGACCGUCGAGAUCGCAGAGCCGAUGCUGUAUCCCUGGGACCUUCCCUCCGACUGCCGCUGCGCCAAGCGGACGAUGCUGAACCUGCUGUUGGCCUGCCGACAAAUCCACCGCGAAGCAGCACCCAUCUUCUGGCGCCACAACACAUUCGUCUUCGAGUCCUCCGACGAGUUCACCAUCUGCGUGGGCUCCAGGCUCAGGGAGUCCUACAGGAAGAUGCUCCGCAGCGUCUACAUCGCCAGCCCGCAACCGGCCGAGACCGCCGUCAAGACCUCCUUCAACCUCUUCACGCAAGAACACGUCUGGCAGCCCAUCCAGCGCUGGUGCCAGUUCUGGGGCGUGCUGAACCAGUGCGCGGGCAUGAGGGACCUCGCCAUCCGGCCCGAGGUCGUCAGGAAGCACGCCACCGACCUGGGCCGUCUGAAGACGCGGAUGCCAGGGCUGCGGAGGCUGGAGCUCACGUACGUGGGCACCUUCAAGGACCGCAGCGUGUUGUAUGACAGGCACUGGGGCAGCUUCAGGGGGUGCACCACGAUCCACCGGGAGACGGUGUUCGUGCGCGCCGCGCAGGAGGUCGAUCUCGGGAGUCUCGACGGCUCGGCGAAGAGUGCUAAGGAGCUACACAGGGGGUUCACGACGAACUUUUGCGUGUACGUGGGGAGGAUUGCGAGGGAGAGGUUUCUGGGGUGCGAGGACGCCGAGGAGUUGGACUUGCACUCCGGGGCCGUGAGCGCGGAGCUGAAUGAUCGGAAUUCGGAGUUCGAGGUGGAGUUGCCGGAUGGGAAGACGGCGAGGCUUUAUUUCAUGGGGGUGCCGCAGAGCAAGGAGACGAGAGUGGCUUUGGCGAGAAGGAGUAUGGCGAGGGACUGGAAGUUGAGGAAGGAGGGGAAGGCGUCGGCUGCGGAGGAGAAGGUGCUGGAGGAGAUGAGGCAGAAGAGGGUUUUGAGGAAGGAGCAGGUGGUCGAUGACGAGGCCAGGGAGAGGGAGAGGGUCCUUGAUGAGAGGAGGUAUAGGGCCCACGAGAUGAGGGACGCGGAGAGGAAGGAGAAGCGAGCAGAGAAGGCCGAGAUUCGGCGGGCGGCUGAGGUUGCGAAGGAGGAGAGGCGGAUGGGAAGGAAGAGGAUCGUGAGGGAGGAGGUAGUCGAGGACGUCAAGGCGGUGGUCGACGUCAAGGAGGUGGUUGAGGAGGUAUCACAGGCUGCGCCGAAGACUCCGAGGAAGGUCGUUGUGAAGAAGGAGGUGAAGUGGGCUGGCAAGAAGAAGGGUAUGGGCAGGAGGAAGGGCAUGAGUGAGAUUGAGGAGGAUUUGAGGGACAUGUCUUGGGACUCUUCACCUUGGGAUUCUGCGCUGGAUGCGGAUACUUGGUGA